AUGUAUCUCUUUUUAUCACACGCAUAUUAUUGCGCUUUGUAUAAGCCUGAAGCAAAUCAUAGUUUAUUUUGUGAUGUUGCUCGUCCUCUCUACUACGAAAAGAUAACACUUUAUACUGACUUCUCUCAUUAUUUUCUUCUUCUUCUUCUUCUUCUUCUUCUUCUUCUUCUUCUUAUUUUUAUUUUUAUUAUUAUUAUUAUUAUUAUUAUUCUCCUUCUUAGGAUCGUCGUCUUCAUCAUUUUCUUCUUUUUGAGAAUCUUCUUUUCUCUUCUUUUUUUCACUUUAGUAUCUUUAUUUUCUUUUUUCUUCUUCUUUCUCAUCUUCUUCUUUUUCAUCAUCUUUAUCAUCAACGCUUUCUUCUUUUUCUUCAGCAUUUUUUUUUCACUAUCUUCUUUUUUCCGAUCUCUUUAUCGUCAUCUUCUUUUUCGUCAUCUUUAUCAUGAACUCUUUCUUCUCUUCUUUAGCAUCUUCUUUUCCUCGAUCUUCUAUUUCUCCGUUGUUUUUCUUCUUCCCAAUUUACAGUCGAAAUCUUCUUCCGUUUCCACUGGCGAUAUCAAUUUCAUCUCUUUAUCUAUUGGCAGGAAACCGAAGACCCUAUUCAAUUAG